UUGGGCCGAGCAGUCACCUCCCAGCCAUGUUUGCGCCACCUACAGUUUCGGAGGGUGAGCGUCAUGGCGGCCUUCGGCACUCUCCCGGUAACCCAGGACCUGCCCAUGCUGCUCGCCAAGUUGCAGGGUCUGCUGCGGUUCCUGGGGGACGCCCUGGCUAUUUCCAAUGCACAUACGGUGGACUUCUACACAGAGGCUGUGUGGGAGGAGUUGGUCGAUUUGCCCCCAGACACGGUGCUGGCAGCGCUGAGGAGGUCGGCGGCGGAGGCGGAGGUAGAGGCCCAGACCGCUGAGGCGCGCCCCCUAGUGGAAGCAGAGAGGGGAUCAGGUAUGGCUGAUUUUUCCAAAAUAUUUUGUGAAACUUCUCAGAAGCUUGUGAGUGUGGAAGCCUUUGCUCUGGCUGCAAAAUAUUAUUCUGUACAAAACUUGGGAAUAUGUACUCCUUUUGAACAGUUGCUCAUAGCUCUUCGAGGAAAUCAAAAUCAAAGAACUGGUGAAACUGUGAAGCCAGUUGAAUUUAUGAAUACAAAAAAAUCUCAUGAAGUUCAGGCAAUGUCAGAACUAAUAAGCAGUAUUGCUGAUUACUAUGGAAUAAAGCAGGUGAUUGACUUGGGUUCUGGUAAAGGCUACCUAAGCUCCUUCUUGUCAUUAAAGUAUGGCUUAAAAGUUUAUGGAAUUGAUUCUUCAAAUACCAAUACUCAUGGAGCUGAGAAGAGAAACAGGAAAUUGAAGAAACAUUGGAAACACUAUCUUCCUCAGUCAAGAUUAGAUGUGAACGGACUGGCAUUAAAAAUUGCAAAAGAAAAGAAAGUGCAAAGUGAAAUUAAAUAUAAAACAGAUAUUGAGGAAGUGUGUCACAUUAAUCUUCCAAGUCAAGAAAAGAUGUCUACCUCAGAUUUUUUACCUAAUUUUUCAGGCUCUGUAAUUUCUAACAUUCGAAAACAGAUGGAAAACCUACACCCUCAGCCACAACAAGAAGAAAAUUUGUGUUUUGAAAAUGCCUUUUCUCUUGUAGACCUUUUGCCCAUUAAUGCCAUAGAGCCUUCUUCUCCACUGCAAAUACCCAGUAGAGGAAUGUGUGAUCCAAAUAAAGAGAGAAGAAAAACGACAUCAAGUGAAUCAAAUGUAUAUUCACCUUUAACCUUUUUUAUCACUGCUGAUUCAGAACUACAUGAGAUUGUUAAAGAUCUGGAGGAUUGUUUAAUGGUAGGUCUACACACUUGUGGUGAUCUUGCUCCAAAUACUCUGAGAAUAUUUACUUCCAAGGCUGAAAUUAAGGGAGUUUGCAGUGUGGGUUGUUGCUACCACCUCUUAUCUGAAGAAUUUGAAAACCAGCAUAAAGAAUGUACUCAAGAAAAGUGGGGAUUUCCAAUGUGCCACUAUUUAAAGGAAGAGAGAUGGUGUUGUGGCCGUAAUGCCAGAAUGUCAGCAUGUUUGGCAUUGGAGCGGGUUGCAGUUGGCCAAGGGCUGCCUACUGAAUCACUCUUCUAUCGUGCCGUUCUUCAGGAUAUUAUUAAAGAUUGCUAUGGCAUCACCAAAUGUGAUCGGCAUGUUGGUAAAAUUUAUUCCAAAUGUUCUUCCUUUCUGGAGUAUGUCAGAAAGUCUUUAAAGAAACUUGGAUUAGAUGAGUCCAAGCUGCCAGAAAAAAUUAUAUUGAACUACUACGAGAAAUAUAAGCCUCGAAUGAAUGAGCUGGAAGCUUUUAAUAUGUUGAAAGUUGUUCUGGCUCCUUGUAUAGAGACAUUGAUUCUUCUGGAUCGACUUUGCUACCUAAAAGAGCAGGAAGAUAUUGCAUGGUCUUCACUUGUGAAGUUGUUUGAUCCUGUGAAAUCUCCCAGAUGCUAUGCUGUUAUUGCUCUGAAGAAACAGCAAUGAUUUCAAAUGAAGCAAAUUAGAUGAUGUAUCUGUUAGUGGGACCUGUUGCUAAGAUGGCUUUUCUAAACAGUUAUAUCGUUUUAUAUAAAUAUUUAAAAGUUAUUGCUAUAUUUUUAAAUAAAUAAUAAAGUAAUGGCUAACAACAGAAAGUCAUAAUCCAUUUUUCCAUUACCAAAGCAUACAUUAAUGAAACAAGAACCCACAAUAAUAU